CCCACUCAUCCCCUCGUCCGUCUGCAAGCUCCGUCGCUUGUGCUUGCCUCUUGCCCAUCAUGGCUGCCGGACUCAAGACCGUCAUCUUCCUCUCCGUCUCUCUAGCCUUCGGCUUUCUCCUCAUCAUCCUCAGCUGCGCGCUCUACGGCAACUGGCUGCCUCUCCUCGUUGCGCUCCUCUACGUGCUCGCGCCUCUACCCAACUCCAUCUGCGCGCGCUGUGCCGGCGCAGACGACUUCUCGGCAGACUACAACAGCGCCUUCUUGGACUUUGGCAACUGGCUCACGGCCGCGACGGUCGUGAGCGGCUUUGCGCUGCCUAUUACGCUGGCGCAUGCGGGCAUCAUUCGGGAAAUGGCGUGUAUCAUGAGCUCGGCGGGAGGGCUGCUGGUGUACGGCACUAGUGAGUUGGCUAGCAAAGCAGGGAGAGACGCCGCCGGGGAACGGAUGGGAGAGAUGGGGAGAUGUGCAUGCGCUACUGUUCAGCUGCCGAGGUGGAGCCAGAAAGAGUACGACGCUCCCUUGUCUCAGCCAGCCGCUAUCAGAGGGCGUGCCAGCUCCGCGCACCAAGCUGUGUCCGCCCUCGGUCGUGCUUCAACUGACGCGCCCUCCCUAUCACCACCCGCAGUGAUGACGUACGCCAGCUUCUUCAACGAGGGCGACGAUGUGUUCUGAGCAGGGAGCGCGGCGGGCUGCGUGGUGUCAUUGUAGUUGAGCUGGGCUUGCCUUUUGGGCCUCGUUCGGUCACCAAUGGAAUGGGGAUGCGCUCGAGAUGAGGACGUGCGCGCUGGUGUGUGGGAGACGGGUGGCGAAGAGGAGUCAAGCCAGCAG